ACAUAGAGGAAGAAGAGUUACACUAGCUUGCUCUUUUCAUUCUGUUGAACAUUCCAAACAAGAGGUAAAUUCAUGUGAAAUUUUGGUAGAAAAUUAUUCGGUAACAUUUCGUUUGUAUUUUAUUUUAAAUUCAGUGUGGUUUGUUUUUUGUACAAAAAUGCGUGAAAUUGUUCACAUGCAGGCAGGCCAGUGCGGCAACCAGGUGGGAGCCAAGUUCUGGGAGGUGAUAUCGGACGAGCAUGGCAUCGACCAAAAUGGGACGUACCACGGCGACUCCGACCUGCAGUUGGAGCGCAUCAAUGUCUACUACAACGAGGCCACAGGAGGCAAGUACGUGCCGCGGGCCGUUCUGGUGGACCUCGAGCCGGGAACGAUGGACGCGCUCCGUGCCGGGUCCUUUGGCGAGAUCUUCCGGCCGGACAACUUCGUGUUCGGCCAGAGCGGCGCGGGGAACAACUGGGCCAAGGGCCACUACACGGAGGGCGCGGAGCUAGUGGACUCGGUGCUAGACGUGGUCCGCAAGGAAGCGGAAAACUGCGAAUGCCUGCAGGGCUUCCAGCUGACGCACUCCCUGGGCGGCGGCACGGGUUCCGGCAUGGGUGCCCUCCUCAUAUCCAAAAUACGUGAGGAGUACCCCGACCGCAUGAUGCUCACGUUCAGUGUCAUGCCUUCUCCGAAGGUGUCGGACACGGUGGUCGAGCCAUACAACGCUACACUGUCAGUGAACCACCUGGUGGAGCACACGGACGAGACAUUCUGCAUCGACAACGAGGCGCUGUACGACAUCUGCUUCCGCACGCUGAAGCUGACGACGCCCACGUACAGUGACCUGAACCACCUGGUUUCGGCCACUAUGUCGGGUGUGACGACGUGCCUGCGCUUCCCCGGCCAGCUGAACGCCGACCUGCGCAAGUUGGCCGUCAACAUGGUGCCGUUCCCCCGUCUGCACUUCUUCAUGCCCGGCUUCGCCCCGCUCACGUCGCGUUGCAACCAGAACUACCGCGUCCUCUCUGUGCCCGAGCUGACUCAGCAGAUGUUCGAUGCCAGGAACAUGAUGACUGCCUGCGAUCCGCGACACGGCCGCUACCUUACAGUCGCCGCCAUCUUCCGUGGCCGCAUGUCCGUUAAGGAGGUGGACGAGCAGAUGUUGAACGUGCAGCAGAAGAACAGCACUUGCUUCGUGGACUGGAUCCCGAGCAACGUGAAGACCGCCGUGUGCGACAUCCCGCCGCGUGGUCUCAAGAUGUCCGGUACUUUCAUAGGCAACACCACGUCCAUCCAGGAGCUGUUCAAGCGGAUCACGGAGCAGUUCAGUGCCAUGUUCAGGCGCAAGGCCUUCCUUCACUGGUACACGGGCGAAGGAAUGGACACCACUGAGUUUAUUGAUGCAGAGGAGAAUAUGAAUAACUUGAUAAGCGAGUACCAGCAGUACCAGGAGGCGAGUGCGGAAGAUGAUCUAGAAGAAGAAGAGGAAAACAUUGGUUGACACUAACUGCUGCCUGCACAACUGUUUUAUUUUGCUAUACCAGAUUGUUCUCAAGAUAUCUACACUGUUUUAUUUGAAUAUCUUUAAAAAUCCCUGUGUUUUAUCUUUUUUUAAAUAAAAAAAACUUAAGUAAGUUUAUUUUUCUAUACUAAA